AUGAUGGUUGCCGAACUACCUUAUGCUCUCGACGCAGAGACGCCGUUGAAUGCCGCUGAGCUCAAUGUCUUGCGUGCCCAGUACGAAAAGGAAGGCGAUAUGGUUGGCGUCCAGACUAAAUUCAACUAUGCCUGGGGCCUCGUCAAGUCCCACAACCGCCAUGACCAACAGCUGGGUGUCCGCCUCCUCUCCGACAUCUUCCGCCUCUCUCCUGAGCGUCGCCGCGAAUGCCUCUACUACCUUGCUCUUGGCAAUUACAAGCUCGGAAACUACGGCGAAGCCCGCCGCUAUAAUGACCUCCUGCUCGAUAAGGAACCUUCUAAUCUUCAAGCCUCGGACCUCCGCCAGCUCAUCGACAACAAGGUUGCCAGAGAAGGACUCAUGGGCGUUGCGAUCCUGAGUGGUGUUGGCAUCGCUGCUGGCGUUGUUGGUGCGUUCAUCUUUAAGAAUGUUCGAAGGAGGUAG